UAGCUCCAUAUUUUCCCCUCUAAUUCCUCCAUUUGCCUCAAUCUAAUUUCCUUCCAAUGGAACUUGAUCCAAGUAACAACCAAAACAUUUCAAUUCAGCCAUUUUUUAUGUCCAACAACAUGUUGAAACCAGAAAUAGAUGAUGAUUUUUGCAUACACUCUAAAGAUUAUCUUCAAGAUUUUCAGCACCUUGAUCUUAAUUUUUCUUACAAUACCUUCAACAACCCUGAAAAUGUUAUGAUUGAAACCAAUGGUUAUUAUGACCCAUUUGAUCCAUUUUCCAAUAUUGAGGACAAUUUUUCUUCGUUAGGGGAUUUUAACUUUAGUUCUGAGCUUAAUCCAUUUGAUCAGGAAAAUGGAGAGAGUGGUAGCAGCAAAGACAUGAAGAAUAAUUUUCAUGAUGCUGAUGGUGAUGAAUUUGUGAAACCUUUGAACUUUGUUGUGCCUGAUGAUCAAAGUUCAUGUGUCACUGGUGAUCAUAAUGGUUCUUGCAAAUUAGAAAUUGGUGGAGGAAAGACUAAUAUUAAGAAGGUGAGUAGAAAUCUAGGUGGUAGAGGGAGGAGGAAGUCUAAAUCCGCUAAAGGACAAUGGACAAUUGAAGAAGACAGGCUUUUGAUCCAUUUGGUAGAGAAAUUUGGAAUUAGAAAAUGGUCUCAAAUAGCUCAAAUGCUCAAAGGGAGGAUAGGCAAGCAAUGUAGGGAGAGGUGGCACAACCAUCUCAGACCUGAUAUAAAAAAGGAUUUGUGGACGGAGGAGGAAGACAGGAUCUUAAUCGAAGCUCAUGGUGAAGUGGGAAAUAAAUGGGCAGAAAUUGCAAAAAGACUUCCUGGAAGAACUGAAAAUUCAAUUAAGAACCAUUGGAAUGCAACAAAAAGAAGGCAAUUUUCAAGAAGAAAAUGCCGUACCAAAUGGCCAAGGCCUAGUUCUCUCCUCCAGAAUUAUAUCAAAAGUUUGAACUUGGAAAAAGGAAGCAGCAAAAAAAAUUCUCAAAUCAAUGACACAAAUUCUAGUGCCAAAGUCAUGAAGGUAUCACCUAAGACAGAAGCCAUUGAAUUUUGCCAAGGCAAUAAUAUUGGUGAUUAUGAUUUCAUGAGUGAAGCUCCAGAAUUUGCAUUGGAUGAUAAAUUUUUUGAAGAUAUUCCUCAUGUUGGUCCUUCCAUUAUGGAUCAGAAUUAUGAGAAAUGCAUGGGAAUGGAGAUUAUGCCUUGUUAUGAAAUGCCUACAUUGAUGCAAGGUGAAGUCAAUAAGGAGAUUGAUUUGAUGGAGAUGAUUUCGAGAGUUAAUCCAUAGAUAUAUGUAGUGUUUUACAACACUUAAAUAAGUAUAUUCCUGAUCAAGAAAAAUAUAGAUACAUUUAUACGUGUUUUUUCUCGUCAAGAAAACAUGCGUCUAGUUGGAAAUUAAGUAUGAAAAAAAAAAGUACAGUUAUAUGUUGAGUAUUGUUUGAUUUCCUUUUGUUUUAUGCUAGUUGUACCAAUUUUAUGUAGUGAUACACUUUGUCUAGUACGUUAUGUAUUUCUUGGGUUAGACCUUGCAUCUAAAGUGGUAGGUUAUAUGAUUAUAUCUGCCUGUAUUUGUGUACAUAUGCGUAUCCUUUUUUUUUUUUUUUUUUUUUUACUGCUUUGUGAGGGAAAAAGAAAAUCAAAAAUAAGUAAGGUUCCACCGAGACUUGAACUCGGGUUACUGGUUUCAGAGUCCAA